UAUCGAAUCAUCAAACUAAUUAACUAUGGAAAAGAAAGAAUUCCUGGACGGAGACGACCUCGAGACAACGUCUAUGGAGCCGCUUAGCCCAAUGUCGCAGAUGCUAAGUUCGCCAAAUUUGUUCAUUGUGAUAACUUUUGGGUUUAAAGUUAAAUGCAACCCAUCAGCCUUUGUUGAAGGCUUCAAGACUACACUGAUCAAUGCCCCCAGAUUUUCUAGCAAAAUGGUUAUUAACUAUAAGAAAAAGGGAGAACCGGUCUGGAUUCCGGUAAACAUCCGAGUACAAGAUCAUGUUACUGUUCCGGAUCUUGAUUACACCAAUAUCAAAAAUCCUGAUCAGUUCCUAGAAGACUAUACUUCAAGAAUUGCUAAUAUUCCAAUGGAUAUGUCUAAACCCCUUUGGGAAUUCCAUUUACUCAACAUAAAGACAUCAAAUGCAGAAUCUGUGCUUCUAGCCAAAAUUCAUCAUUCAGUUGGUGAUGGAAUGUCUCUUAUGUCUCUUUUACUUGCUUGUUCAAGAAAAACAUCUGACCCAAGCGCGCUAAUUUCUAAUACCUGGGCCACACCAAAACCCGUUAAGUCCAUGAUUUCGGCAUGGUGGUUGAUUGCUGGAUUUUGGUUUAUUAUAAGAGUCACCUUCACCACUCUUGUUGAGUUUUUCAAGUUAAUGCUUACAAUAUUUUUCUUGCGGGAUACCAAAAAUCCUCUCAUGGGAAAUCCCGAUGAUGGAAUUCAAUCUUGGAAGGUUGUCCAUUGGAUAAUAAGUUUCGAUGAUGUCAAAUUAGUAAAGAACACAAUGAACAUGAAGGUGAAUGAUGUCCUUCUUGGAAUGACCCAAGCAGGUCUUUCAAGAUAUUUGACUACAAAAUAUGAUGGCUAUACGAUGGCCCAGAAGAAAAGAAUCUUGGAAAAAAUCCGGUUUCGUGGAGCUGUAGCUGUAAACCUAAGACCAUCAACGAAUAUAGAGGAUUUGGCUAAUAUGAUGACGAAGGGAUCAAAGUGUAGGUGGGGAAACUUCAUAGGAACUAUUAUAUUUCCAUUAUGGAUAAAAUCAGAGAAUGAUCCUUUGGAGUAUGUACGACGAGCCAAAGCUACUAUGGAUAGGAAGAAAAUAUCUCUAGAAGCAUUCAUUUUCUAUGGAAUCAUUAAAUUCACCUUGAAUUUUUUGGGGGGAAAGGCAGUAGAAGCUUUUGGAAAGAGAAUAUUUGGUAAUACAUCGUUGGCAUUUUCAAAUGUGAAAGGUCCCGACGAAGAAAUAAGUUUAUUUGGCCAUCCAAUCUCUUAUAUAGCAGGAAGUGCAUUAGUUGCCUCACAAGCUCUCAAUAUCCAUUUAAUAAGCUACGUUAACAAGAUUAUCAUCAAUCUAGCUGUGGAUACAGCGACAAUUCCAGAUCCUCAUCAAUUAUGUGAUGAAAUAGUAGAAGCGCUCCAGAUCAUCAAAUCUGCUGUACAGGACAAAAAAUCUCAUAAGAUGGAAGUGUGAAGCAUGUUAUCUGAUGUUUAGCCAAGCUCUCCGAUAUAUAAAUGUGAAGUUUUUUUAUUUUUGAAUAAAUAAGUUAAACUAAUAAGAAAAUGUGGUGAAGUGUUACUUUGUUAAUGAAGUUUGGUUUAAUGUAAAAUACUAUAUGUGUCAUUCAUUUGAACUUUUGAACUAUAUUUUUAAAUGGAAUAGUUGU